GUCCUGCCCGGCUUCACAGCGAGCUCCCUGGCCCUUCCUGGGUGUCCUAGACGGCCUCUUUUCUCUCUCGGAUCCAGCCCAAAUAAGCUAACUUUUUAAGAAACAUAUUUACGUCCGGCCUUGUCACUCCCGUGGCUGUUUCCUCCCCACUCGCUUAACUCUCCCUUCCUCCCCUCCAGGUCAAGAAAUGUAUGGGUUUUCCUUCUCUUUUCUCUUUUUCUUUUUUAAAAUGCAUGAGUGCAAUCUCUCUCACGCACACCUCUGAUUCAGAGUGGAGCUGUGUGGCAAUUGGCCCCAGCUUUGGUUUAGCUUUUGGCAACGUUUCUUGGGAGCCAAUCCAAAGCACACCGUUUGUGGUGCCUCCGACAGUUGUGUAGCAGGUCCCCCCCCCGAAGUCUAUGAAGAAAAAGUCCCUCACUGUACUGUCUCCCCAAAACUGCAUGGUGCAUUUCUCCUGCGUCCCUCAUAUCCCAUUUGGUGUUCUCUCUAGUUGGUCCCAGCUUAAGGUGACCUGUUGUCCCAAGCAUCCUGGGCCACCUUUUGCCUCCCUCUCCCCCCGCUAAAAGGUCUUGCUUGGACAUGUCUGCUUGGAGGGCAGCCAGCCUUCUAAUAUUAGGACCUAUGUCUGUUAGGUUGGCCAACUGGCAUCUCAGAGUGAUGCACACAUGGUCAUCCCUGUGGCACGCAAUAUCAAAAGCCUGACCCCAGACUCUCAAAACUAGACAGAUUGUCAACACAGAUUGUGUGGAGACCUCUUCCAGCAGUGAUUCUGGCUGGGCCCAUGCCUGUAUGGCAACUUUGACAUGCUGCAACUGAUCACGACAGACGACGGUGAUUUCCCCGGUCUCUUCGAUGGUCCGUUUGGCACAAAUGCCCCACCAGAACCCAACCCACAUGGGCCCAGCUUGUUCAGCAGCUACUUGGGGAUGGGCAACCCACCUUCCUCCAGUUUGUUCCAGCUUCCAUCACCGACCCAAACAAGCUUCCCGUCCCCACCAACGGUUGGGCUGAACCCAAACCCAAACCCAACUCUGAUGGAUGUCAAGGAGGAAGAACCAGUCACUGUGACAGCCAGCUCUCCACCACAAGCCCAGCUCUCCUCGCCCAGAAGGACACCUCCAAGUUUUGCUCCGGUCACCCAGGCCCAAUUCUCAGGGCAACCUUUGGCGGGCUUCCCAAAUCAGAAAGCUCCCCAGCCAGGAGGGCAUCCUCAGCCUCCUCCAACCACUGUCCCAGUGACGUCCCAGCAGCCCCAUUCUGUGGCUGUGCAAACCCCACUCCAAAACAUUGCCCCACAGCAGAUCCUGGCCCCCAACGGAUCCCAGGUCAUCCAGCCUCAGAUCCAGCAAGUCCCGGUCCUUCUGCAGCCCCAUUUCAUCAAGGCUGACUCUCUGCUCCUGACCACCGUCUCUGGGGCCAAGGCCACCACCGGGAUCACCUCCCUGGCUACUACCACCUCCGUCCAGUCAGCACCUCUGCAGAUGUCAACCCUGAUGAGUGGAGGUACCAUUUUGGCCACUGUGCCACUGGUAGUGGAUACGGACAAACUGCCCAUCAACCGCCUGACCACUGGUAAGCCACUGGCGAGCCAGAACAAAGGCGAGAAGCGCACUGCGCACAACGCCAUCGAGAAGAGGUACCGCUGCUCCAUCAAUGACAGGAUUGCUGAGCUCAAGGACUUGGUGGUGGGAACAGACGCCAAGCUGAACAAAUCGGCCAUUUUGCGGAAGGCGAUAGACCACAUCCGGUUCCUGAAACAGGCGAACCAGAAGUUGAAGGCUGAGAACGUGGCCCUCAAAAUGGCUUCCCAGAAGAACAAAUCCCUGAAAGACCUGGUGGCCACAGGGAAGAUGGAGGACUCGGCGGAAGGGAUUAAGCUGAUGGACGCCCUGACGCCACCUCCGUCUGAUGUGGGAUCUCCCUCGCAAAGCAGCCCGCUCUCGCUCAGCGGCACCAGUGGAAGCGAUUCCGAGUCGGAAAGCCCCUUCUGCAUGGAGGCCAAGGUGAAACAAGAAUGGCAAGCGCUCUCCCCGGGCAGCAUGGGCAUGCUCGACCGGUCGCGGAUGGCGCUGUGUGCUUUCGUCUUCCUCUGCCUCUCUUUCAACCCCUUGUCUGCACUGCUGGGAGGGUCCAGCUCCACGGAGCCCACCAACGUGGCAGGCGCCAGCGGUCUUGGGCGCACCAUUAAGGCGGAGAACGGGGCAGGAGAUGUUCCCAUCACCUGGUUGCAAUGGCUUCUCCCCACCAUGUGCUUCUGGCUGGUCAACAUAGUGGUCAUUUUUGGUGCCUUCAUCCGGCUCUUCAUUUAUGGCGAACCUGUGACACGGCUCCACUCAGAGUCUUCUGUCCUAUUCUGGAGACACCGCAAGCAAGCUGACCUGGACUUGGCACGAGGAGAUUUUGCGCAGGCUUCCCAGAACUUAUGGACGGCGCUCAAAGCCCUCGGACGUCCACUGCCCACCUCCAACUUGGACCUGACCUGCAGCCUCUUGUGGAACCUGAUCCGGCACGUGCUUCAGCGUCUUUGGGUCGGGCGAUGGCUGGCCAGCCGGGCCGGGGGCUUCUUCCGUGACCAAGAGCUCAAGGCCGACGUGCGCAAGAGUGCUUGUGAUGCGGCACUGGUGUACCACAAGCUGCAUCAACUGCACAUGACAGGGAAGCAUGUGGCAGGUCAUCUGUCGGCUAUCAACAUGGCGCUGAGUGCUGUCAACUUGGCUGAGUGUGCAGGCAACACCAUCUCAGUGGCCACCCUUGCAGAGGUCUAUGUGGCGGCAGCGUUGCGGGUCAAGACCAGCCUCCAUCGCUGCUGCCAUUUCCUGGCGCGAUUCUUCCUCAGCAGUGCCCGGCAAGUGUUGCUCUCCCACAGCGGGACUGUGCCACCUGCUCUCCAGUGGUUGUGCCAUCCGGUCGGGCACCGUUUCUUCGUGGACGGCGACUGGGCUGUGAAGAGCUCUCCUCGGGAGAGCAUCUACAGCUCCAUUGGCAACCCAGCGGAUCCCUUGGCGCAAGUGACUCAACUUUUCCGGGAACACUUGUUGGAGAAGGCGCUUUCUUGCGUGUCCAGGCUGGAGAGUCAGACGCCCACCAGCCUCAGCGAGGGGGAAUUUUCGGAUGCUCUGGAGUACCUGCAUUUCCUCAACAGCUGCGCAGAUGUGGUCCCCAGUCCAAGUCCUUCCAUUGGUACCAACAUGGAUGCUGCUACAGGCACUGACCCCAUCGCUCACUGGUGGGCCUCUGUGGUCGCAAUGGCAAUCCAUGGGUUGCAAGGGGACGACGAGGCGGUGGAGCACCUGUACCCUUUGGUGGAGUCCAUGCCGAAAGCUCUCCAGGCGUCUGAGAACCCUCUUCCCCGGGCGGCGCUGUAUACUUUCAAGGCGACUCGCAUGCUGCUGGGCAAACUGGAUUGCAGUCUGGGCCAGUGCGACGUUGCGGGCGACUACUUGCGCGAGAGCUUGGGAGGCAACGCACCCGCCAGCACCAUCGACAGAGCAGUCCAGUUUCUCCUGUGUGACCUUCUCCUCAUCACCCGCACCCGGCUCUGGCAACAGCAAAUGCAAGCUGCGCAGCCCCAUGGUGGGCCCUACCAAGCCUCUGCCCAUGAGCUGCGCGGCUUUCAGCAGGAACUCAGCAGCCUCCGGCGCCUGGCGCAAGCGGACAAACCGGCUAUGCACAGGGUUUUCCUCCAUGAGGCAACGGCCCGACUGAUGGCCCGGGCCAGCCCCACACGGACCCACCAGCUGCUGGACCGGAGUCUGCGCCGGAGAGGGCCCUCAAACCCCACAAAAGGAGCCAGUGAACAAGGCAGCCACCCGACCGCCCGGGAACAAGCCGAAGCCCUCCUGCUCGCCUGCUCCUACUUGCCGCCGGCCUUCCUCUUGGGGCCGGGUCAGCGGGUGGGCAUGUUGGCCGAAGCCGCCCGCUCCUUGGAGAAACUGGGCGACAAGUGGACUCUCCACGAAUGCCAACAGAUGAUCAUCCGUCUCAGCAGCGGCUCCACCGUCACCUCCAGCUAGAGUUGCUGGGAUCAAGGACUUGGAAAGAGUGGGGAGCGAACGUGGGGCGGUCCCUCCAAGCACACCUUGGGAUGUGUUUUUGUGACGAAGCAGAGAAGGAGGGUUUGCUGAUCACUGGCUCCCCCCUUCUCUCUAGGUAACUGUUACUCUGCAGGGUUGCCCUCUUACCUCCUCUAACGUCCCUCUUCCAGGUUGUUGUGUGUGCUGAGCAGACCUAGGUGACUUAAACGGGGAGGACAUGAAGAAGACGUGGUGGUGGCCGAUCUCUUUAUGAGGCUGGGGGAGCCGAUGGGUCUUGCUUGCUCUUGCUCUAAAGAGUUAUUCUACCUAUUGUGGGCAGGGUACAUUGGAAAAUGGGCAGUGCUCAGAUUUUAGACUCCUGUAGGGUCAGCUGCAACUAGCUGCGAGGGUCGUUUCGUUUCCUCCCCACUCCAUGUUUUGACGCUCCUAGGUGAGAACGUCCCACCCAGUGUCCAUGCACGCGCAUGGUUUGUGGAAGCUCGGACCAUGGCUUGUGGUACCUCCGGAUCUGUUGAUGAUUUUGCAAUAGCGCCGCAUCCCAGCAGCCUUCCUUUUCUCAUCCUCCUCCUCCCUCCGGGAGCCUCCUUGCUUCUCCCGGAUGCUGGCAAUCCAUAAGACAAGGGGGACCCCUGGUGGCAGCUCCCACCAUUGCAGGAGGUCCAUCCGUCUCUUAUUCAGGUCUGAAUAAGAGUUGGCACUUUGCACUGUGAACUCCUUUUCUAGAGUGGCUGGCUAUUGGUCACCUUCCCCUUUGCUUCUCCAUCCCGAGUGAGCCUCCAGGCCUCCACCUUGGCAGCGUGAAGUUAAGGAUCUUUUUUGGGAGGUUAUGGGGCAACAUUUUCCCCGAUGUGUAGCUAUGGGAACAACGCAGGACGCAUCUUUGAGAAGACCAUAUUGAGAAACUGCCGGUUUCUCCAUCGUUUGCAAAGGGAUUUGGCUAAACUGGGGUGGAAAGUGGCGGCUGGUGAAUUUCCAGAAGUUUUUAAUCUCCCAAAUGGUUGAUCACUGGAGAAAGCACUAAAAUCUUCUAGGUUUUCCGCCCCCACAUUACACAAUUGGAGUACCUUGGAUACUACUUUAACUUCCACGACUGCCUUCUGUGCAAUCCUGAGAUUUGCCAUUUAGGAAGAGGUACUCCGAAAUCUCAGCAAGAGACUUUUAGCAUGAAAACAACAACCAAGGAUUCUGUAGGAAGCAGCCCUGGCAGUUAAAGUGGAUUCGUAGCGUUGUAACUGUGUGGUCUACUCGGCUGUGUUAUUCCAGGAUGAAGUUAGUGGCUAUUUUACUGCAUUGAAGGGGGCAUUUCCAAAGGCUGUUUGGAGGUGCAUAUGUAUUUGUUGCCCUAGUUGGCCAUCUUCUUUUCUAAAAAUGCCACUCACUUGCAGAAACCAUCUGCUUUUACUACAACUUCAUUCUGGUAGUUGUAGGAAAAGGGGGGAAUGGGCUUUUCUUAGCUCUGUUUGGUUGCAAAUCCUACAUUGGAGCACAGUUCUGCUUUCUCUCCCCUGAGAAUCUGUUAAAUCCUAGGAGGGACUGUUGCUAACCACUGGAAAGGAAAACAAUUCAGACCCCAAUGUAGUAGCUGGACUCGACUUGCAGGGUAGGAGAAAUGCGAGUAUGUUCAUGGAUGGAAUACAGUAUAUCUUCCUUUUCCUUCCCCUGAACCACCUCCUCCUUUCCCAGUAAGAAACAGCAACAGCUGCCCAGAGGUGAGAUUUUGGGACAAGGCACACAAGGGCGAAAAAAUAGUCCCUUGCACGGCAUCCAAAAAGUGACACAUGUAAAGCAUACUUGUUCAGGAGCAUGUCAUUAACAGGACUCUGGCUUUUGUUAGGGUGAUCUAUGACUCCCUCUUUACCCUUGCAUUGAGAUGUCUUGAUGGGAUAAUCUUUCUCCUAUUGAAAUCUUGCUCCCUAAAGAUGCAGGGACCCAGCCCCAAAAGAAAUUUAAGGCACCCAGCCCAGCUACUGAUGGAAAAGCACACCAUCCGGGGAACGGUUUUCGUGAUAUGCAUGUACUGAAAGGGGAGAAAGAAGAGUCAGACUGGGUGAACAUGAGAAACUUGUGUUAGAGAAGGGGAGACCUUGAUGGCCUCACCUUGCCUUUGCUUUCUCCUCCACCCCGUAAGGCGGAUUUUGUGACUUUGCCGUGUUUCCCAUUGCUGUCAAGGCUGCUAUUUCGUAGGGGAGAAAAACCGCCGCGGGACAGGAGCGCAACCAGAAUUGCCCCCACUUGCAGGGUUUUCUCUGGUAAGGGGCCUCUGUGCGUGUGCGUAUCUGUGUGUGCAUUAUAUACACACAUGCAUACAUAGAUACAGAUAUACAUACAUGCAUAUAAUAUAUUAUAUACAUACACAUCCCACUUUGCUCCGGUCUGAACCGUUCGGUCAUAGUUCUUCUCUUAAAAGUUAUUUUCAUAGCGUGAGGGUUUUGGUUUUUUUUUGUACAGAUGAUUAAAAAAACCUCUACUUA